AUGCACUACAUCAACCUGCCUAUGAGCCCGCCCCCCUCUCCAGGAUCGCCAAUGACAAUCGCCUCAUCGCCCCGUACGUUGGUGCCGUCACCAAACAACGAUCGGGAGAAGACCUUGUCUGUCAUUUACUCACCACACGGUGUUUCGUACGACGUGAUUCGUCCCUACGCAAGCUCCUACCUUGUGUCGGAAUCCGCACUUCCCCUCACAGCGCUUCUACAUUCUUUUGACUGCGUUGAGAACCCUUGGUGGCUUGGAGGUAACAUAUCAGCUGGCAGUCCCGGUGGCACAGAGAUCGCCAAGAGUCUGUAUGCCAAAGCCUGGAUAUCUGCCCAUGAUGCAGACAAGGACAAUCGGGGCUGGGCCGUCAAGUUGACUCAGAUUGCACAGCACGCGGUUGACGAAGUGAAGAAGAUGGUGGAAGAGGGUGUCAUCAGGAAGACGCUGCCAAAUACCGAAGUCUGUUCGCUGAGGGCCGGCGACAAGCAUCGGAUUGCUGUGGGAUGA